AUGCCCUCGUCUGAGGUAACUGUUUAUGGCUUUAAGACACUUUCGCGUGCAGAUGUCAGUGGUUGAAAAAUCUUCUAAUGGAGAGGUGCAAAAACGGAACUCAAAAUAUGUCAGGUUGGAGUUGGGAGAACUGACGCCACAUAACAUAAAGCAGUUGCGGAUAAUCAAUCGCACAGUCUUCCCCGUUCUUUAUACCGAGAAGUUUUACACGGAUCUGCUGAAAAGGCCGAAAUUCUGUCGUCUAGCUUAUUUUAAUGAUAUCGUCGUUGGUGCCGUCUGCUACAGAAUCGAGAAUCCAACGGGUAAUGACAACUCUACCUCAAAGAAAUGCUACAUCAUGACCCUCGGAUGCUUGGCGCCCUAUCGUAGACAUGGGAUCGGAUCUAUGCUUUUGAAACAUGUCUUGCACAAAUGCAGAAGGAAUAGCCAAAUCAAAAGUGCCUAUUUGCAUGUUCAUAUCGAAAACGAAGAAGCUAUAAAGUUUUAUCAAAAGUUCGGUUUCGAGGUUGCCGGACGCGUUGAAUCGUACUACCACAGGCUCUCGCCACAGGAUGCCUUCAUUCUUGAAAAGCAAAUAGACCAUUCUGAGCCAGUUAGUUCUUCGGAUUCUGAAUAA